GCUGCGUGCGCAGGAAGUGACGCAGGCGACCAUCGCGAAGCCGCUCGGUCGCGUGCCAAGCGCGUGCUCGCCUGUGCGCGUUCUCUCGAGCCUGUAGGAGGUGGAGGAGAGCGCGAGCGCGGCCGCUCCUCACAGGGCUCACAUCUCCAGCAGGAAUCUGUCUUCAUCUCUCUUCAUCUCUCCUCAUCUCUCUUCAUCUCUCUUCAUCUCUCCGCAUCUCUCCACCAUAAUACACUGUAGCAAUGCGGCAGGACGGAUCCAUGCAGAUGGCUGCACCGCAGAAGGAGAACGCCGAUCAAAACUUUGACUACAUGUUCAAACUGCUGAUCAUCGGAAACAGCAGCGUGGGCAAAACGUCGUUCCUUUUCCGUUACGCUGACGACUCGUUCACGUCGGCAUUCGUCAGCACAGUCGGCAUCGAUUUCAAAGUCAAGACCGUGUAUAAGAAUGACAAGAGAAUCAAGCUGCAGAUCUGGGAUACGGCAGGACAGGAGCGCUACAGGACGAUCACAACAGCCUACUACCGCGGCGCCAUGGGCUUCAUCCUCAUGUAUGACAUUACCAAUGAGGAGUCGUUUGGAGCGGUACAGGACUGGUCGACCCAGAUAAAGACUUACUCCUGGGACAAUGCACAAGUCAUCCUGGCUGGUAAUAAGUGUGAUAUGGAGGAGGAGAGAGUUGUGUCUGUAGAGAGCGGCAGACUGCUGGCUGAACAGCUCGGCUUCGAAUUCUUCGAGACAAGCGCAAAGGAUAACAUCAACGUGAAGCAAACAUUUGAGCGCCUUGUCGAUAUCAUCUGUGACAAAAUGUCCGAGAGCCUAGAGACUGAUCCUGCAGUUACCACGGGAACGCAGGGCAACGCCAGGCUAACAGACAACCCGCCACCAUUACAACAACCCAACUGUGCAUGUUAGUGCUUCAGAGUCGUGUGUGUGUGUGUGUGUGUGUGUGUGUGUGUGUCCAGUACUUGGGCUUCUUUAGGCCGAGGCAUAAAACCUUUAACAUUGCAGCUUCUGGAUAAAACAAGCUGAAUCUCAUUGUUCAGAGAAAGCAUGUUGAGGGUCAUGUGACACUUCACUUAACAUCCCAGAAUGGAAUAGAAUAGGAAUCAUUUCUGAGAAAAGGUGAAAAUCCUGGCAGAAAUGCCUCACCACUUUAGUGACAGAAAGCUCUGUCUAUAUUAGCAUUAGUAAUUCAGUUGGCAUUACAGCUCAUGUGCAUCAGUCCUGAGCCUCUGCUAGAACCUGACUGUUGACCCUCACUGUUCAUAACGAGUUCACAUCACAUCACCACCUCUCAAACACAACCAUGUAUAUGACCAUGUUUAUGUUUACUGACAGUGUCAGCUAAACAGUAGUGAUGCUUAUAUAUAUAUAUUAAUAUCUAUAAAAAUAUAUAGUAAAAUAAUUUAAAAACAGCAGUUGCAAUUCUAUUUUUUAUUAGUUAGCUGCAAAACAGAAAUGAUUCUAAUUAUUUGAAAAGGAGGGAAAAGCAAGUCUGUAGUAGAGAGUUAGAUUUGUGUCCAGUGAAAUGUCUGGGGGGAAAAAAUGUAUGGUGUUUUAAUUGAAUUUAAAAAAGCAAAGGUAUUUUUUUUUCUGCCAGAAAAGCUGCUUCUUUGUUGUUGUAGUUCCUCACAACUAUUGUACUAUUGUACACCUCAAGUUGUGUGGAGUCGCAGUGCAGCUUUACGAGCAGGUCACCCGAGUCAUAGAGAAUCAGGUGUGGAGCAAAGCUCUAGAAAAAAAAAACACAACCUUUGAGCUCUAGUGAUUUAUCUUCCUUCUGUAAUCUGUUUAUUCAGUGUUUCCCCCCCAUUUCUCUAUCAACGCAGCCAUUUAGAGCAGGAAGUGGUGCCUUUAUCAUUUCCCAGCUUUCUCCCAUAUUUCAUCCUUCUAUCAGGAGUGGCUCUUUUUUAUAAACAUAAAAUGACUGGAUUGUUUAAAAGCAAGAUGUUCUUUCUUCACACUGCCUCGUUGAAAAGUGAGCCGUGUGAAAGAGCAGGAAUCUAUUUCCGCACCGUCACUCGGACGAUCGAUGUUUCAUACAGCAAAUCUUUUUUUCUUUCUCUUUUAAUAAUUCUAAAUAACAGCUCGUCGAUUCUUCCGCUCCUAAUUCUCCACCUGUACGCAGGCGUUUCUGUUCCCAUCGACUGCGUGCCGUCCAGAAUCGUACUGCACUUCCUCUCUUUCUAGAAAAUAAAUAGAAACGUAGCCCUGACGUUAGAUCUGUGUCCAAUGUGCUUUGUGUCUCCUCUCGUUUGUGUGUGACGUGAACUAAUAGAAAAAUGCAGCAAACCAAUUCUAUUUAUUGUAUCCGAAGCGAGUAGGCCAGUGUGUGUAAUGUUAAACAGUCCUUAUGCACCGCUGAUGUUUAAUCAGUGCAGCUGUUUUCUGCAGCGUUUAGCAUUACACUUGCAUGAAAUUGUGACAUCUAUAUUUAGAGAUUGGUAUCUUAUAUUCUAGUCGUUUAAAUUCUGCAUCCUGCACACAUGUGGGCUGCAAUGGGCCAGUAAGUGCAAUAUUUUAAAUCCUGUUUCCUGUAUAUACUGUAUAUGUGUAAUCUGAGGAAUGUGUGUGUGUGUGUGUGUCUGUGUGUGUGUGUCUGUGUGUGUGUGUGUGUGUGUGUGUGUGUGUGUGAGGAUAAAGCAUGAAUGUGGAAAAUGCUGUUUUUAGACACUCCACUCCCACCUCAUCUUUCAUACCAAUGUAUUCACUGAAAAUAGGAGAGUUGUGUGUGUGUUGAAAUGAAACACUAGUUUCUUGCCCAAGUGGUAAUAUGUGUACAUCCCUGUGAGUCAGCGCAUGUUUGAUGUCAUUGUCCUGACACUAGGAGAUUACUCAUUCGCACAUAAGCUAGUUUAUUCAAAAUCAGACUCUAGUAGGAUGAAAUAAUUUAUUUUUGUUUUGUUUUUUCUUCUUAAUCAAUUCCUGUAAGAGACAAAUGAAUUUUAUGAUGAUGAUCGUUAUUUGAUUCAAAGGAAAAAUUCAUUGUCUACGUAAAUCAAACCCUUUAGACAUGACCAGAGAUUGCUGUGCUGUGUGUGUAGGAAUUCCUGUUGAACUGGUUGUUUUGUUCAUGUGUGUGAUGAGUGUAUGACCAAAUGUUCCUGUUGAAAAUACAAAUAAACCCACAGACUGUAUUGAUACCUAAAUAAAGUUAUUAAUGAAGCA